CCAUGUUUGAACGAUGCAGCUUGUCAAACGGUGCCUUCAGGAUUUUAUAUGUGUCACUGUAAACUGCCUUACUCUGGAAAACACUGCCAAACAAGUAAAGAAUGGUGCCUCAAUGAUACAAACCCCUGUGUUAAUGGAGGAGAGUGCGUAAAAACUGCUCAGAAUUAUUCAUGCUUAUGUCCGGAAAACACAUACGGACUCAACUGCGAGAUGGAAAGGCAGUGUGAGAGGUUACAACCGUGCCAAAAUGGAGGUAUGUGUAGAGAUAGUGCCAGUGGGUAUGUGUGCAAAUGUGCAGGUUCCUAUGCCGGCGAAAGCUGUCAAUAUAUCGAUUAUUGUCUGUCGAAUCCCUGUCUGAACGCCGGUGCUUGCCUUUCUUUGGAUAAGGAUUUCUUCUGCCAGUGUCCAAAGCCAUUCCGAGGAAAGAACUGCCAAAUUAAAGGCAAGUAUGCUUUCAAUAUACCAUGCAAAAAUGAUGGCGAGUGUCAGUCAUUCGAAGAAACAUUCUACUGUACAUGUGAACCU